GCCCUGGGCUCGUAAGAGCUGGAGGAAGAGGGAGAGAACGAUCUUGGGGAAUAUGAAGGGGAUCGGAAUGAGGCAGGUGAACGGCACGGACAUGGCAAAGCAAGACUACCCAAUGGGGACACAUAUGAAGGAAGCUAUGAAUUUGGUAAAAGACAUGGCCAGGGAACCUACAAAUUUAAAAAUGGUGCUCGAUACAUUGGAGAAUAUGUUAAAAAUAAAAAGCAUGGUCAAGGCACUUUCAUAUAUCCGGAUGGAUCAAGAUAUGAAGGGGAGUGGGCGAAUGACCAGCGACAUGGCUAUGGCGUGUACUACUACAUCAACAAUGACACCUACACAGGAGAGUGGUUUGCUCACCAAAGGCACGGGCAGGGCACCUACUUCUACGCAGAGACGGGCAGCAAGUAUGUCGGAACCUGGGUGAAUGGCCAGCAGGAGGGCGCGGCCGAGCUCGUUCACCUGAAUCACAGGUACCAGGGCAAGUUCCUGAACAAAAACCCUGUUGGCCCUGGGAAGUAUAUAUUUGACAUCGGCUGUGAACAGCAUGGUGAAUAUCGCUUGACAGAUGUGGAAAGAGGAGAGGAGGAAGAGGAGGAGGAGACAAUGGUAACUGUCAUUCCCAAAUGGAAAGCUACCAAAAUCACGGAAUUGGCCCUGUGGACACCCACCCUCCCAGAGGAGGUGCCACCCACAGAGGAACCCGGCCAGGAGGAGGUCCCAGGAGCAGAGGGCAUAGGAGAUUCUGGGGAGGACACCCAGGGGCUGCUAGAGGCUUCUGAGGGAGAGAUGGAGAUGACGCGGCCUGGAGAUGAAGACGCGGACAUACUCAGGGAGGAAAACCGGGAGGAGGGCCGAGACGAGUUCCGCUAUGACAUGGACCAGGGAGCUGUUAGUUUUGAAGAAGAAGAAACUAGACAAUCAGAUCUACCAGAGUAAGAUGAAGCAAGCUGAAAGAAUAGGAGAUUGUAUUAGUAAAUUGCUUCUGUCAGCAGGUGGUUUAUAUUAGUCAGUUAUUAAUUUUUCUUAUUCAUUGUUUGUUAAGUUGGUUUACAAUCGCAAAUAAAUCUCAUUAUCUUUCAUUUCUGAAA